UUCAAUGGCGGAUAUUCUGAUUCAUGUAUAACAAAUUUUAAAAAAUGCCUCUGACUCAGGGAAAAGAAAGGUCCAAUCACCGGCGCUACCGGAACCCCUUCAAGUCAAAGAAAUUCGGCAAAAUGAAAAGUUCCAAGAGUCGCGGCGGUAGCAGCCUUGGUUCGGGUGAGGUUUCCGGCAGCUCUGCCACCGUGACGGAGCUUAAGACAAAAAUCUCCAUCUUUAAAGACUUUCUAGAUUUCUCCCCUUGUUCAGGUUCAACUUCUCUGCAUGAGGUAAUAGACAUUCUCCAUUUUUUGUCCUCCAAAGUUUAAUCUGAGCUUCCUGAUGUUAUAAUGGAUAUGCUCCACAGCUGCUGAUCUUGAGCCUCAGGGAUAUUUCCAGGCGGUUUCCGAGCAUUCGAUCGGGGGCAUCAACGUUGGAACUUAAAGAUGAACCUAUCCAUAAGGUCGAUUUCUUGCUUUGAUUGUUUAUUGAAAGAGUUUAUGUUUUCUGUGUACUAAUUUGAACAACAUUGUUCCUUUUUUUCAAUUUUUAUGGUUUUACAGUCUCUCAGGCUGUUCUGUAAUGCCCUGAAAUCACUUGGAGAUCUGCUGACGACAGAGGAAUGGAUGGUGACCUGUAAAUAUGAUUCGUCUAUGAAAUUAGGACUUGCAGAGUUGGAGCUCGUAGGUAAUCAAUUUUAAGUCUGUCUUGUUCUGUGUAAUUUUGUGUUGUCUGAAACUUGGAGUGGAUGUUAAUGUCGAUCGAUUUGUUGCAGCGUUGGCGCUGCUUGAUGACAUGAUCAAGCUCGCUAAGGAGAGGCAGUUUUAUGAGACGGACGAGGAAGAUGAGAUGAGAGAAUGCAGACAUGGAUUUGGCAAAGCUGUGUCUGAUUCUUACUGUUCCGACAGCGCGCAGUCAUCUCUUUCUGGAUCUCCGGCGACCCCGACUUCCGUUCUGCAACAGGCCCGGAAAGCGCGGGACAAGUGCUACUCUCCGCCGGCCGCCGGAAAACUGAGCCCCGUCGAGAUCAAGCGCAUUUCUUUCUAUAUGGUGCCUCAUGACGUCACCGUCGCUCCCGAAAGUCAAAUCGCCGACCGACCAGAUAACGACGAGACAGAAGGUAAAACCGGCUAUGGCGAUGGCGAUGGUGAUGUAAUUAGGGCUGGCGGCGAGGAUUCUGCGGUGGAGGAUGACGUGGAAUUGAGCCAUGUGGAGCCGAAUUCAUCCGAAGCACCGCCGGAGAUUGUUACGGCGGAGUCGGGUGCUGUCCCCGAAACUGAACCGGCGACAGAUGAACUAGAAGUGCCGGCGGCGCCAGCAGCUCCGCCGCCGGCGCCACUACCAGAUUCGCCGUCAAAUGUUGCAGAGCAGAAUUUAGCAUCGGAUAUUCCCCUGCCUCCGCCGCCACCACCACUACCACGACGACCCCUACCACCAUCUGUAUCGCCAAAAAAACAGACCGGAUCACCCCCUCCACCUCCAACACAACCGCCAUCCAUCAACACAGCAACAUGUCCACCUUCACCUCCGCCUCCACCGCCAUCGCCACCGCCAACUAUUGAACUUCCAAAGAAUCCAAUUCCCCAACCACCGCCACCGCCACCGCCAACUAUUGAACUACCAAAGAAUCCAAAUCCCCAACCACCGCCAUCACCACCACCAUCACCAAUAGAAACACCUUCAAAGGAUUCAGUUCCGCCGCCUCCACCACCAACUCCGAUUAACUCAGUUCCGCCGCCAACGGCAGGCAAACCCGCAUCUCUGCCGCCUCCUCCGGGGCUUCUCCUGACAAAAAAAGCAAGCUCAAAGCUGAAAAGAUCAUCACAGAUGGGCAAUCUCUACCGGCUUCUCAAAGGCAAAGUCGAAGGCGCAAGCUUAGAAGGCAAGUCCUCCGGCCGCCAGAGCAAAAUCGGAGCUUCCUCCGGCGGCGGCAAACAGAGCAUGGCCGACGCAUUAGCAGAGAUGACAAAAAAGUCUGCAUACUUCCAGCAAAUCGAAGAAGACAUUAAGAACCACGCCGCCAUAAUCAAGGAGCUCAAAGCUUCCAUCACCUCCUUCCACACUUCCGACAUGAACGAGCUCGUCCAAUUCCACAAGCACAUCGAAUCUCACCUCGAAAAGCUCACCGACGAAUCGCAGGUACUGGCUCGAUUCGAAGAUUUCCCCUGCAAAAAGUUAGAAGCAUUGAGAAUGGCUGCAAACAUGUACUCCAAGCUAGACGCCAUUGCCAAAACAUUGCAGGAUCUGCUAGAAGUAGAUUUGCCUCUCAAUCAACUCCUCGACAAAUCCGAAAGCUACUUCAACAAGGUGAAGGUGGAAUUGGACGCUUUGGAACGUACUAAAGACGAAGAGUCGAAGAGAUUCCAGGCUCAGAAGAUCACCUUCAAUUUCAGCAUUCUCAUGAAGAUCAAAGAACUAAUGGUGGAUCUCUCUUCAAACAACAUGGAAUUAGCACUCAAGGAGAAGAGAGAAACGACACAGCCUAAAGAAGUCGAUCAUCCAAAACACGACGCAGCAGUGAUCAAUAUGCUGUGGAAGGCCUUCCAAUUCGCGUUCCGAGUGUACACAUUUGCCGGUGGACAAGACGACAGGGCGGAUAAACUCACAAGAGAACUAGCCCGAGAAAUAGAAACCAGUCAGUAAUCUCAUCAUCAUGCACCUCCAUAAACACUAUAUAUACAUAAUUCAUUCUCAAUUGCUUAAUCAAUAAUUUGAGAGAGAAAAGACAGAAAUUUGCCUCAACACAAUUUACAUGAUAUUUAGGGAAUUGAGACGGUACAUUUACCAUCACUCUGCACCAUUUUUUGAUCUUCUUCUUCUUCUUCUUCUCCAAGUAGAUGCUUCAGACAAUAUUCAUCUAUAAAUGCAAAUACUUUUGUUCUUUGUUUGUGUGUGUAAA